UUCCCAAAGCACCUGGCAAAGUCUUUCUACUCUUAGUUCAUUUUUUGAGAGUUCAAAGAAUUGAUAACAUAUUGAAUAAAAUCAUUCCUAGUUAUCAUCUAUUGAUUAAAACACUUUUAAAAAAGUGUUACUUUGAGGGUUUUAUUUGUUAUUGUUUUGACAGGGUCUUGCCGCAUAGCUUAAGCUGGCUUCAAGCUUCUUAUGUAGCUCAGACUGGCCUUGAACCUCCUGUAAGCCUCCUGAGUUUUGAGAUUAUUAUUUUUUUUUUAAAUGUGAUCAUGUAGUUUAAAACAAAGGCAUAGUAAAGUUUGACUUCACAGAAUGGCUAUCCAAUGAGUCAAUGCCAGAAAUUUUGUUGGAGGUAUUAAGCUGAGGCUGUUUCUGAAACAGCAUGUCAGGAGAUAUUCUAGUUUGCUUUCUGUUGCUGUGAUAGAGUAGCACUCUGGCCAAAAGCAACUUAAUCCAUCCUUGUGGGAAGUGAGGACAGGAAUUUAUGCGGGAACAUGCACAGCCCAUGGAGAAAGACCCGCUAAUUCACUUUCUGCCUCUGCUCAGCUAGCGUUCUUAUGUAGCCCAGAUCCACCCAUCUAGGGAGGGUUGGUACCAUUCACAGUGGGCUGGGACCUCCCACAUCAAUACAUUUAUUCUCAGACAUGGCUACAGGCCAAUUGGAUCUGGGCAGUUCCUCAACUGAGGCUCCCUCAGACGAUUCUCAGCUGUGUCAGGCUGACAGCUAAAAGUAGCUAGGACAGAUGAUAAAAAGGAUUCCCUGUUCUUAUAGAUAAUGUGGAGUCAGGCAAUCAUUACAGCUCUAACUCUAUCCUUUCUCUGUGGCUCUAUUGCUGUCAUCCAUCUUGAGCGACAGUCUGGGUGGAGAUGAACGAUAACCAGAACAGAGCCAGGUUUAGUUAACUUCAUCCUGUAAAUGUCAAGUGCUAAAUACAAAAAGCUUUGACACAGAAGAAAAUGAAGAGAAAUCUAAAUGAAAGUUCAGCCCGAAGUACAGCAGGCUGUUUGCCUGUGCCAUUGUUCAAUCAGAAAAAGAGGAACAGACAGCCAUUAACUUCUAAUCCACUUCAGAAUGAUCCAGGUGUCAGUACUGUUUCUGACAGUUACGGUUCCCCUUCUUUUCCAACAGAUUGGGCGUGGGAAGCUGUGAAUCCAGAGGUGGCUCCUUUAAAGAAAACAGUGAAUACAGGGCAAAUACCAGCUUCUGCUUCUUAUCCCUGGAGAAGUCAAGAUUCUGUGUCUAAAUCUAUUCAAUCAAAUGCUGAAAGAAGCCAAAGUGCCUGGGGCUACAGAGGCAACAACAGAAAUACUAGCUUGAGAACUUGGGAUUUUCGACCUCAGCAUAAAACUGUAAGCCCUGCGGCAAACAGUGAGUUCAGUUCUUGUCCAGUGAAUUUGGGAGCUCAACAACAAAAACAGUUCCAAACACCUGAAUUUCCUAACUUACCUGGACAUAAAGAAGCUGAAGUACCCCGACAAACAUGUUUAUCAAAACUGCCUGGCUCUACAAUGAAAGGCCCAGACAGAGCCAGUGCACUGCAGGCAUUUAAACCAAGUUUUCAACAAAAUCCAUUUAAGAAAACAGUGUUGGGAGAUAUUCCAAGAGAAAAUUCUCUGAAGGAAGGUACUUUGCAUCAGUUAAAGGAAAAAGAUAAUUCUUUAAGAAUUAUUUCUGCAGUUAUUGAAAGUAUGAAGUAUUGGCGAGCACAUGUGCAGAAAACUGUACUUCUUUUUGAAAUAUUGGCUGUCCUGGAUUCAGCUGUCACAUCUGGCCCACAUUAUUCAAAGACUUUUCUUAUGAGAGAUGGGAAAAAUAUUCUUCCAUGUGUAUUUUAUGAAAUUGAUCGUGAACUUCCAAGACUGAUUAGAGGCCGAGUUCACAGGUGUGUUGGACACUACGACCCAGACAAGAACAUUUUCAAGUGUGUUUCUGUCAGACCAGCAUCUGCUUCUGAACAAAAGACUUUCCAAGCAUUUGUUACAAUUGCAGAUGCUGAGAUGAAGUAUCAUACUAAAGUAACGAAUGAAAUGUAAAUAGUGACAAAGGGAAUUACACAGUAUGAGCAGGAGCUUUUGCUGUCACUGCUUUACCACUUGCAUGGUUUAAUCACUCUUGUUUUUGUAUUUCACUUCUUUUUAUAAAAGUAAAACUCUUCUUAUAUUUUUGACCAAAACAGCAUAGCUAGAUUUUUUUAAUUUUGAAAUUUUAUUGAGCUAUGCUGGAUAAACCACCAUUUAAAUUGUAUAAUUUAAGUUUCUAGUAUGCUCACCAAGUUAUGCAACCAUUACCAUUAUCUAGAUGCAGACAAUGUCAUCACUGCCAGAAGAAUGCACAUCCACCAACAGUUACUUUCCUUUCUCUUUUACCUCUCAGAACCACAAUUUUCUUUUGUGUAGCUAUGGAUUAUUUUGUUGUUCUGUGCAUUUCAGAGUAGAGCUAAUCUUGGUAAAUGCGAAACGAUUUUUUUUUUUUAUUUUCUAAGAAGAUAAAUUUCUGUAUUUGCCAGGCACUGGCAUAGCCUCAUGAAAGAUAGCUAUAUCAGGGUCCUGUUAGCAAAAUCUUGUGAGUGGGUGGGUUAAGGAGCAGGGCAGGGGGAGGGUAUAGGGGACCUUGGGGAUAGCAUUUGAAAUGUAAAUGUAGAAAAUACCUAAUAAAAAGAAAUGAAAAAAGAAGAUAAAUUUCUUGAAAUAAAAAUUUUGAGUUUACAC